UUUAUGGACAGUCACAGGGUUCCCUUGCCUCUACAUCAUCUGUGUAAGAAGAAUAUGGAAACAGAGGACAACAUACUGAAGGUGGAAUGGCUGAAAAAUGAGGAGCCCAUUGACUCUGCACAGGAUGAGAACAUUGACACCAGGGCUGACCAUAACCUCAUCAUCAGGCAGGCCCGGCUCUCAGACUCAGGGAAUUAUACCUGUAUGGCAGCCAACAUCGUGGCCAAGAGGAGGAGCCUGUCAGCAACUGUGGUGGUCUACGUGAAUGGAGGCUGGUCUUCCUGGACAGAGUGGUCAGCCUGCAAUGUUCGCUGUGGUAGAGGAUGGCAGAAACGUUCCCGGACCUGCACCAACCCCGCUCCUCUCAAUGGUGGGGCCUUUUGUGAGGGAAUGUCAGUGCAGAAAAUAACGUGCACUGCUCUCUGUCCUGUGGAUGGCAGCUGGGAAGUGUGGAGUGAAUGGUCAGUCUGCAGCCCAGAGUGUGAACAUCUUCGUAUCCGUGAGUGCACAGCUCCACCCCCAAGAAAUGGGGGCAAGUUCUGUGAAGGUCUCAGCCAGGAAUCUGAAAACUGCACAGAUGGUCUCUGCAUUCUAGAUAAAAAACCUCUUCAUGAAAUAAAACCCCAAAGCAUUGAGAAUGCCAGCGAUAUUGCUUUGUACUCCGGCUUGGGCGCAGCCAUCGUGGCCGUUGCAGUCCUGGUCAUUGGUGUCACCCUCUACAGACGGAGUCACAGUGACUACGGCGUGGAUGUCAUCGACUCUUCUGCAUUGACAGGUGGCUUCCAGACCUUCAACUUCAAAACAGUUCGUCAAGGAAACUCUCUACUCCUGAAUCCUGCCAUGCAGCCAGACCUGACAGUGAGCCGGACAUACAGUGGGCCCAUCUGUCUGCAGGAUCCGCUGGACAAGGAGCUCAUGACGGAGUCCUCACUCUUCAACCCUCUGUCUGACAUCAAGGUCAAAGUCCAAAGCUCCUUCAUGGUUUCCCUGGGAGUGUCUGAGCGAGCCGAGUACCAUGGCAAGAACCACUCUGGGACUUUUCCCCAUGGAAACAACCGUGGCUUUAGUACAAUACAUCCCAGAAACAAAACACCGUACAUCCAAAAUCUGUCAUCACUGCCCACAAGGACAGAGCUGAGAACAACCGGUGUCUUUGGCCAUUUAGGGGGGCGCUUAGUAAUGCCAAAUACAGGGGUGAGUCUACUCAUACCACAUGGCGCCAUCCCAGAGGAGAAUUCUUGGGAGAUUUAUAUGUCAAUCAACCAAGGUGAACCAAGCCUGCAGUCAGAUGGAUCUGAGGUGCUCCUGAGUCCUGAAGUCACCUGUGGUCCUCCUGAUAUGCUCGUCACAACUCCCUUCGCACUGACCAUCCCUCACUGUGCAGACGUCAGCUCAGAGCACUGGAACAUCCACCUGAAGAAGAGGACACAGCAGGGGAAGUGGGAGGAAGUGAUGUCAGUGGAGGAUGAAUCCACAUCCUGUUACUGCCUUUUGGAUCCUUUUGCCUGCCAUGUUCUACUUGAUAGCUUUGGAACGUAUGCCCUCACAGGAGAGCCAAUCACAGACUGUGCCGUAAAGCAACUCAAGGUGGCCGUGUUUGGCUGCAUGUCCUGUAACUCCUUGGAUUACAACUUGAGAGUUUACUGUGUGGACAAUACCCCUUGUGCAUUUCAGGAAGUGGUUUCUGAUGAACGGCACCAAGGCGGCCAGCUCCUGGAAGAACCAAAGCUGCUGCAUUUCAAAGGGAAUACCUUCAGUCUUCAGAUAUCUGUCCUUGACAUCCCUCCAUUCCUCUGGAGGAUCAAACCUUUCACUGCAUGCCAGGAAGUCCCCUUCUCCCGAGUGUGGAGUAGCAACCGGCAGCCAUUGCACUGUGCCUUCUCCCUGGAGCGCUACACGCCCACCACCACCCAGCUGUCCUGCAAAAUCUGCAUCCGGCAGCUCAAAGGCCAUGAACAGAUCCUCCAAGUGCAGACAUCCAUCCUAGAGAGUGAACGAGAAACUAUCACUUUCUUCGCACAAGAGGACAGUACCUUCCCUGCACAGACUGGCCCAAAAGCCUUCAAAAUUCCCUAUUCCAUCAGACAGAGGAUCUGUGCUACGUUUGAUACCCCCAAUGCCAAAGGCAAGGACUGGCAGAUGUUAGCACAGAAAAACAGCAUCAACAGAAAUCUGUCGUAUUUUGCUACACAAAGUAGCCCCUCGGCUGUCAUUUUGAACCUCUGGGAAGCUCGUCAUCAACAGGAUGGGGAUCUCGACUCACUGGCCUGCGCCCUUGAAGAGAUUGGGAGGACACACACGAAACUGUCAAACAUCACAGAGUCCCAGCUUGAGGAGGCUGACUUCAACUACAGCAGGCAAAAUGGACUCUAGUCUGUGUCCCUCCCCUUUUGAGGCAGCACUAGUGGUGGCCAGCUUCAGGGCAAGUGGCUUCAACUGGGGAAGAAGAGGCAGACUUCUGCCCAGUGGGCAUUUGGGGAAUUCAGCCUUUAUUGAGAGUCACUGAAAAUCCCUGGUUGAAGAAAAUGAGUUUGAUGUAGGUAAGACAUGUUCAUAGCAGGGGGACAAAAAAAAUAAAAUAUAAAAGAAGGGGACCCUGCUAUCUCCUCUGAGGCUCCACACGGGUAAACAUUGGAUAAACUCCUCAGAUUUGGACCGCUGAGGAGAGAGGUGAAGGUAACUGUAGAUAAGAGUAGUUCUGAAAUAUAGAUACACUACAAUAAAGCUGGGAUGGCAGAGAUUAAUUGCAUGUUGGGAAACAGGUUUAGAAUGACUUGCCCCACAGGGCCAGCUGAUUCUGAUACUAGAUUUUCAGGUUCCAACCAACUGGCAUCUGGGAUUUUGGAGAUCAUGGCAAGCCUAACUUUCAGAAGUGAAACCCAAUUGCCAACCUAUUAGUAUGAUGUCACCAUUGUUGGGGAGGGCAUUUAGAAUUGAGAAUCUGAGGACAUCACACCAGCACUUAUUAUAUGAGUCACUUAACUGAGACCAGAUGGAAAAGCAAGGUAGACCUCAAACUGGUUCUUGGUACCUCACCUUCAUUUCCCACCCGCAAGAAACAAAACUCAUUUCUCUCCCCGUCCUGACAGAUUGCAGGAUGGAGAUAGUAAAAACGUGGUUAUAUGUUUCAAUAUGGAAACAUAUUUCUCCCGACUUAACAGAUCAGGACAACCUCUGUUCCUAGCCAAACUACUCAAAUCUCAGAGUGCUGUUAGAACACAGUUCACUCCAUAGAGUGGAGACAGGAGAGGCUAGCCCAGGUCCAAGAAAAUAUAUAGACUGCAGAUGUCCCAGGCUUCGAGUAAGCUCUGAUUCUAGGAGAUGGGUAUUAAGCCAACUUCUCCAAUAUUUUUUCCUAUAAGAAAUGUGUUUUACUGUGCUUUUCCAUUCAGAUUCUGGAACUCUUCGAACUUUUUAUACUAUGUCGUCAUAGUAUGUCUCAAUGGAGCUUUAGGACAUGACAUCCUGCUGCCAAUUUUGGAAACCUACCUGAUAGUUUUUCUCAGUAGGACCUAAGUAACUGCAUCCAAGGAAUAGAAUACCCCACUACACCAUCCUAGAAACCACACGAAUCAUUCAGAGAGACUUUGUGCUCUGACUGCCUGGUCUCACCAUGUAUACUUUCUCCUUAGUACUGUUAACUCAUAGCUCCCAUUUUAUGAUUUUUAUUAAUAUAAGGCAGUGGCGUUGUAGAGAAUUGAAAUCUGUAGAUUAUUUGUGAGCUUCAUCUUAUGGUUUAUUAUACUUUUGUAUCCAAUUAUAUCAUUUUUAUAAUUAUAUAUUUGACCAAUACCCUGAGAGACUCAAGAUGAACAUAUAUAUUCAUCUUCUGGUAGAUGCUUUCAGUAACUGUCCACAAUGAAGACAGCCCAAGUCAGAUACCUACACUAAAUUCCAGGCAGCUACUUAGCUACUUUGAGGCUGACUACAUUUGAAAAACAAUGGUCAGAAAUAGGAGAAAUGAGAACCCUUGGUAAUGAGGAUAUGAUUAUGCUUUUAUUUUUAUGGGCCCUUUGUUUGAAAACAAAUGUUUGCAAUCUCUUCCCAAGUGGAAAAGACGUAAAGACAGGUUGAAGUUAUGGUCCCAUGGAUAAGGCAUUGAAGAAUUCUUGAAUGUGUUAGCCAUUUUAUCUAACUAAUAUGUGAUAUAUCUGGUCACCUAUAUUACGUGGAAGACUUCGCCAUGUGCAAAUCAAAAAAACGCAUAUUGCUUUGCUCAGGAACCAAAGGCUUAUUCUAUUGAACAAACAGAUCAUCUUAGAACUGUCAAGCAUACUCAGAAUCCCAUAUCUGGGUCAGGAGAACACCUUUUUCCUAGUAUUCUCAACUUAUUUAUUCAUCCUUGUGAAGAAGAAAGAGAAAGCAUAAAACUAAAACCGUUUGGCAUCACUGAUAAGUUUUUUGGGAAAAAAAAAAGAGAUAGGAAUAGGU